GGGCGCCCGGCCCCGCGACCAGCUAGGGGCGGCCCAGCGCCCCGGCCCAGCCCCUCAGCUGGGUCCGUCGGAUCCGGCCUCGCUCUGCGCCCCGGGGCGCGCCGCCUCCCAGCCCGAGGUGUCCGCACGUCCGGCGGUCCGUCUGUCCCUCUCGGGGCCGGCGCUGACCAUGCCCAGCGGCUGUCGCUGCCUACAUCUCGUGUGCCUGUUGUGCAUCCUGGGGGCACCCGUAAAGCCUGCCCGAGCCAAUGACUGCAGCUCCCACUGUGACCUGGCCCACGGCUGCUGUGCACCUGAUGGCUCCUGCAGAUGUGACCCAGGCUGGGAGGGGCUGCACUGUGAGCGCUGUGUGAGGAUGCCUGGCUGCCAGCAUGGUACCUGCCACCAGCCCUGGCAGUGCAUCUGUCACAGUGGCUGGGCAGGCAAGUUCUGUGACAAAGAUGAGCACAUCUGUACCACACAGUCCCCCUGCCGGAACGGAGGCCAGUGCGUAUAUGACGGGGGCGGCAAGUACCACUGUGUGUGCCCACCGGGCUUCCACGGGCGUGACUGUGAGCGCAAGGCCGGACCCUGUGAGCAGGCAGGGUGAGUGCUGGCCCCAGGUUAGAUGUGGAUCUGGUGAUGGAGGAGAGAGGACUGUUGAGGAUGGUGGGGCAGUGUUAGGGCUGACGGUCAGAAGUCCCACACGGGGGUACUCGAAGAUAAAACCCAGUCUGUCAGAGUAUCCGUAGGGUUUCUCAACUUUUUUGGUACCAUGUGAACCAUUUCUCCAACAACAAAAACCUACAGGGGCUGGAAGUGUAGCACAUCAA